AUGUCUGAAUCGUCUCCAACCCCUCAGGACCUCAUCGGCUGCCACAGCAAGAAGCGAGAUGUGUCCGAGGCUCCCAGUGCUAGCUUGAACAAGCGCGCCAAAACAACUGAUGUCUCCAAUCCGUCAUUGGAAGAUCCUGGCGUCUGGAAACCCUUGGCAUUGAGUGGCUUUCUUCGCUCCCCUGAUUUGGGACGCUUGCUUGUGAUGACCAAGAAGAACUGGAAUGUCCAGACAGAAGAAGAUCAAGACGCCAACGAAGACGAUGACGUCUGGAAAUAUCUUUGCCGCAACCACUGGGGCAGCGACACUGCCAAUACUCUGCUACAGGCAACUGGAACGAGUCCCAAAGGCUACUUCUGCACAUUUGCCUAUCCUUUUCCAAGCAAGCACCAACUAUCUGCUUCAUCAGGACCGAAGUUUGAACCAAAGGACUAUGUGUUGAUUGUGGACGUCCGCUUUGGCGGUAGCGAGGUCGGCCGUCGGCUACGGGGGACUCCUACGGCAGCAUAUAAGGAGAACGACCUCCUCUUCUCUAUGGCUGUUCCAGGAGAGACUAUCCCCAAUUUUUUUGCUCAGGGUGAUACAGGAGAGAUCUCCCUGCAGCACCCAAUUCUGAAUUUUUGCGAAGCGCAGCAAGCGCGUCUUGAACCGAAUCAGCACGUGCUGUCACAAAUGCAAACUUUUUGGAAAGGCACAGUGCAUCUCUUGAGGUUGCCAGACAGAAAGGUCAUUGAGCUAGUUGAUGUUUCUCGAUCCUGUGAAUGGGUGCAUUUUCCUCCACGAAAAUUUCCAGAAUUUGUAGGUUACAACGACGAUGAAAGCAUUCGCAGACGAAGUUUGGCUUCAGACGACAAGUUGGGACAAAUUGGGACAAAUUGGCUGGUACAACAACGAUUUCAGGCGUGA